AAGUUUACAUCAAGUAAAAUUUUGGGGUGUACUUAAUAGAGUGAUCAUGAGAGGCGGGGGAAGAGAGUGGAGAUAAAAAGGAGGCGGAGGAAAGUCGCCGGCAAAAGCAUCAAUGAGUUCCAGCCAAAAUGUGAUGAGAAGCCUCCUCCGGAACCCCAACACGGUGGUUCCCACGUGCCACGUGAAACAGCUCCACGCCCAAAUCGUGAAGACCACCAAAGCAACACCGCACUCCCUGGCUUGGAUUUGCAUCAUCAAAUGCUACGCCUCUCACGGCCUCCUCCGCCACUCCCUCGCCUCCUUCAACCUCUUGCGCUCUUUCGGCAUCUCCCCCGAUCGCCACUUGUUCCCUUCCCUCCUCAGAGCAUCCACGCUUUUCAAACACUUCAAUCUCGCUCAGUCCCUCCACGCCGCCGUCAUUCGCCUCGGUUUCCACUUCGACUUGUACACCGCCAACGCUUUGAUGAACAUGUACUCCAAAUUCCACCCUCAUCUUUCCCCACUCCACGAAUUUCCCCAAGCGCGCCAUAACCAUAAUAAUAAAUACUCCGUGAAAAUAGACAGCGUUAGAAAGUUGUUCGACAGAAUGCCUGUGAGGGAUGUUGUUUCGUGGAACACUGUUAUUGCUGGGAAUGCACAGAAUGGGAUGUACGAAGAGGCAUUGAACAUGGUUAAGGAAAUGGGGAAGGAAAACUUGAGACCUGAUUCCUUCACUUUGUCCAGCAUUCUUCCUAUUUUUACGGAGCACGCUAAUGUUACCAAAGGAAAGGAAAUUCAUGGCUACGCCAUUAGACACGGGUUUGAUAAGGAUGUUUUCAUUGGAAGUAGCUUGAUUGACAUGUAUGCCAAAUGUACUCAAGUGGAGCUUUCGGUUUGUGCCUUUCACCUCUUGUCAAAUCGAGACGCCAUUUCGUGGAACUCCAUCAUUGCUGGCUGUGUGCAGAAUGGGAGAUUCGAUCAAGGGCUCGGCUUCUUUCGUCGAAUGUUGAAGGAAAAAGUGAAGCCAAUGCAGGUCUCGUUCUCGAGUGUUAUACCAGCUUGUGCUCACUUGACGGCCUUGAAUUUGGGGAAGCAGCUUCAUGCAUACAUAAUUAGGCUUGGGUUUGAUGAUAACAAGUUUAUAGCCAGCUCUCUGUUGGACAUGUAUGCCAAAUGUGGGAACAUUAAGAUGGCUAGGUAUAUUUUCAACAAAAUCGAGAUGUGUGACCGUGACAUGGUUUCUUGGACUGCCAUCAUUAUGGGAUGUGCAAUGCACGGGCAUGCCCUUGAUGCAGUUUCCUUGUUUGAGGAGAUGUUAGUUGAUGGAGUGAAGCCCUGCUAUGUGGCAUUUAUGGCUGUUUUAACUGCCUGUAGUCAUGCUGGGUUGGUAGAUGAAGGUUGGAAGUAUUUUAACAGUAUGCAACGGGAUUUUGGUGUUGCUCCUGGCCUGGAGCACUAUGCUGCUGUGGCGGACCUGCUUGGUAGAGCUGGAAGAUUGGAGGAAGCAUAUGACUUUAUUUCUAACAUGGGAGAGGAACCAACAGGAAGUGUGUGGUCAACCUUGUUGGCUGCUUGUAGGGCUCAUAAGAAUAUUGAAUUGGCUGAAAAGGUUGUGAACAAGAUACUUUUGGUUGACCCUGGAAACAUGGGUGCACAUGUUAUAAUGUCAAACAUCUACUCAGCCGCCCAAAGAUGGAGAGAUGCUGCAAAAUUGAGAGUCCGCAUGAGGAAAACGGGCUUGAAGAAGACUCCAGCAUGCAGCUGGAUUGAGGUUGGAAACAAAGUACAUACUUUUCUGGCUGGAGAUAAAUCACAUCCAUAUUAUGACAAAAUAAACGAGGCGUUGAAUAUUUUGUUGGAACAGAUGGAGAAAGAAGGUUAUGUCCUUGACACAAAUGAGGUGCUCCAUGAUGUUGAUGAGGAACAUAAACGCGACUUAUUACGCACCCACAGUGAGAGACUUGCCAUAGCAUUUGGCAUCAUUAGCACUACAUCUGGCACAACCAUCCGUGUAAUAAAGAACAUUCGGGUGUGUGUGGACUGCCACACUGCAAUUAAAUUUAUGGCAAAGAUUGUUGGCAGGGAAAUCAUUGUGAGGGAUAAUAGCCGAUUUCACCAUUUUAAGAAUGGGUCUUGUUCCUGUGGAGAUUACUGGUGAAAUAACUGGAAAGUGGAAACCAAGCAUGUCAACAUUGUAGCUGCAUAAGCAGUACCGAACUGAGGUGGAUUAAAAUGCUACUAAAUCAGUGUAAAAAGGACAGACUGUAAUCAAGGUAAAAAAAUGGGAUGCAAAGUUGGCUGCCAUGCCGUAGGAAAGUCAUGCAGUCAAAAUUGCUUUUGGAGAUAAAGCCCAUGUGCUCUCAGCUUGGUGAAGAGAGGGCUUGGGAGGUGGGAUCCUGAUUACACAUUGUCCAAUUUCAUGUCUUGGUGGAUCAGCAAUCCCUCAUUUGUCCGGUGAACUUGGAGGAUGCAGAUUUAAGAGUCAAGAG